CUUUAAAUGUCAAAGAAUGAACAAUUAAAUGAGUGCUUGUCUCAAGCUUAUAAACUAGUUGGUCAAAAACUAGAACUAAAAGAAGAAAAAGGAUCGAUCAAAGACAUCUUGACAAGUAGACUUCAAGAUCUCGAAUUAGAACCAAAUAAAGACGAACCCAAAUCUAGUUUUGUUAAGCAUUGUUUAAGACUAUUAAUAAGCAUACAAGAAUCAUUAUUAAAUUUGUGUUGUCAUUCAAAAGAGGAAAGCGAUAAAGACUUUUUAGGUGUGCGCGACCUUCGAUUGAUACAUACAUUACUUGAAAUUGUCAUCUCUUGGGGAUUUUAUCCUUGUCUUUUACCUGGCGUUGGAUUACCUUUGUCUAAACGAGUCAAGUCAGGUUAUACAAAUCAAGAAAUAUUCGCAAACGAUGAGAAUGAAGAGCAAACAAAACAGAUAUCAACCAAGGCAUUGCACGAUCUUUAUGAUUUUGUCACUCCUCUAGUCGAUCUCAUUGCUCAAAGUGAAAAAGUUCCCGAAUCAAAGGGCUAUACAACAGUUGCAUCCAUAUUGAUGACCAGACACUUGGCUGAUCUAUAUGCUGCUCUCUUAGAACUUGCUUAUGUACCUGUCACUGAGAUUCGAGCUUCUGUUGGUGAUACAGUCACACUAGAAAAUGAACUACCAAUGACACCAGGUCAUUUACUUUCUAGUGCCAAAAAGGAAGUAGGGCUGCCUAGGAAGAAAAGAGACAAGUGUGCUCGAAUGUUUACGUGGUUAUUUGAUCGCUCAGAUGUACAGAGAGCCAUGGAAUCCUUGAUGUCUCUCAUCGGUACGUCUUCACUGCAUCCUGUUCCAAGCUGGCUUAGAACUAUCUGUGGAAGAUUUUUAUCUCGUAUCCUCUUGAAACCAAAUGGUGUUGCUAUCGUACUAGAAUUUACCAUUGGUCAAGUAGAACAGUUACAAUUGACGCAGCUGGAGAGCAUAUCCAAGUUAAUCUUAUCAGUUCCUCAGCAAAUGACGUCCAUUGAAAGCUAUUAUUCCGUCAUUACGCCUCAACUCCUAUCCUUACUUCAAAAAGAAACUGUCUCUGCGACUACAAGUCAAGCUGUUAGGUUCAUUAUCGGUAGGAUCAUUACCAAACACCCGAAGCUCGGAAAGACCUAUCUCGUUGAUAAGAUUGUCGACCCACUCGUGUCAGGGUGGAAUCAACAAGAAUAUGAUGAGUCAAACGAGGAUUUGAUGGACAGAGUGAUUUUAGAUGAAGAGGCGCUUUCUGAUCUACUCAAAACGCUACAUAAACUCAUGAUAGGCGGAGAGCCUUCGCCUCUGAUGAUUCAAACAUGUUUGUCCUCUUCCAUCCCCUGUUUGUAUCAUUUGUAUGAAUUUACAGUUCAAUCAAAGUCAGGAUUGCGAGAAACAGUGCUUGAUCUGUUGCUGACUUAUUUUCGUAUAACGACAACAGCGGACGGCGUCCGUGAAUUAAAGCGGAUUUUGCUCAACAAGGUCGAUAUAAGCGGAGAGCGUAUAGCUUACUUUGCACCAGGUCCCUCAGGUGGAGCUACACUACGGCUAAGAAGAAAACCAAAGGCGUUGGCUAAAAACGACCUUCCGCUGAAUGCUGAUGUCUUGGUCCAAUUUCUUGAAAACUUGGGUGAUUUGGAUCUAUCAGGCGAUAUUUUUGUAUUUCUCUUGAAUGAAUACUCUUCUCUUCAAGCAAGGAAGACGGAUCCAACAACGUAAGCUUAAAGUAUUCAUGAUUCAUUUUACUAAUUUCCUUUAG